GCUUGUAUUCCGUCUCUGUUGACACCUCCGCAAAAUUCAGUGUGAGGCAGGAGAGGCAGAGACAGAUCUACAGAUACACAAAGACGCGCAGGGAGAGUGGGGAAGAGUUGGUGUACUAAAGGUUCAGAGAAAGAAAAAAGGAGGAACCUAUACUAGUGUACACCGGUGUGGGGAAUGUACAUUGUCACACGUCACUCAGACGCCAGGACUUACACAAGAGUUUGCUUCCAGGGACUCUGUUGACAGCUCCACUGGCCAACAGGCAGAGAGGACUCUGACGAGAUGCGGCGCCGAAGCGUCUCCAGCUCAUUUUUCAUCAAAAGCCACCAUUGGUCAUCCAGCCCUGCUCUGAUGUGAAUAAUAAGAAAAGAAUGCGACGUUGUCAAAGUUUGUAGUGCAACCAACAAGGAUGGCCGUCCAUGCUGCCGUCUUCUGCCUCGUCUGCCUGAUCAGCUGUGGCUCAUCGUCGUCGUCGUCCUCCUCCUCCUCCCACGUCCCACCUCCUCCGAGGGGGUGUGGCGUGGACGUGGACCCUCCCUACAGAGUGCUCUGUGACCUGGACUCUGUGUGGGGGGUGGUCCUGGAGGCGGUGGCUUGCGGCGGGGUGCUGACCUCCCUGGUCCUCUCCGUGGUGCUCAUGGUGAAGCUGCGCUGGAUCUGUGACACGGACAGGCGCUCGGGCAUGGGCCCGCUGCUGCUGCUCCUGAUCACCCUCACCGGCCUGUUCUCCCUCUCGCUGGCCUACCUGGUGGGGAAGAACCAGGCCCUCUGUGUGGUGCGCAGGGCGCUGUGGGGGCCUCUCUUUGCACUCUGCUUCUCCUGCCUGCUGGUCCAAGGUCUGAGGCUCAGGAAGCUGGUGGCCGGCAAGGCCAGCCCGGCGGGCCGUUCCCUGGCCGGGCUGGGGGCGGCGAUCGCCCUGGUUCAGGGGAUCAUCUCUGGGGAGUGGGUGCUGCUCACCGUGGUCAGGGAGGGCCACCCGGCCUGUGACUAUCCCCCGGUGGACUUUGCUCUGACGUGCGUGUACACCCUGGGCCUGCUGCUGGUGGCCAUGGGGCUGUCCCUGGGGGUGGUGCUGUGCGGAGGGGAGAUGGAGCCCAGCGGGCGGGAGGAAGCGGACAGAAUCGCCGAGGACGAAAAAAAGAGAUGGAGGUGCAACGGCGUUUGGCUUUUCCUCUCCUGCCUGGCGUCGGCGUUGCUUUGGGUCGCCUGGCUGGGAUUCUAUCUCUACGGCAACCCGGCGCUGAGGGCCAAGGGGAGAGCGGAGCGGUCCGGGUCCGGGGGACGGAAGGGGGGCUCCAAGGUGUGGGACGAGCCGGCGCUGGCGGUGGCUCUGGUGGCACAGGGCUGGAUCCUGCUGGUGCUCCACGCCAUCCCAGAAGCCCACUUGUGUUUGCGGAAGCCGCUGUCCGUGGCCCCCCCGGACUUCUUCGAAAGCACCGUGCCUCGCCCGCCGCCCAACUUCGGGGAGGAGCGGCCUGGCCGUCCGCAUCGGCCUUUCGCAGACAACCAGGCCUUCGCCAUGGAAGAACAAAGUGCAACUCUGAGAGGAACCUACCGCAGCAACCAAGGGAGUCUUCGUCCUGGGAUCCCCUUCAGGGGUCACGUGUACCAACCUACUGAGAUGGCUCUCGUCAUGAACGGUGGAGCGAUGCCUACAGCCCCAAUCAACUACACUGGCAGACAGCUGUGGUGAGAACCCUGGUCGCAGUUUCCAAACAUAACAGCAGAAGAAGCUUGUUGCACACGAGGAUCUCAUCGGCCACAGACUGCUUAUUUAUUUAAAUACGUUGUAAAAUGUGUUUUUUUGCUCGACAUUAUUUGGGGGGGGGAUUCUCCUUCUCAGUAUUCAACUGAUUGGACCGAAGGCAGCGAGGGACAUUUAUCAAGGCUCAUAUACCAUACGCAUGAACUGCUGACUCAUACUACAUACACAAAGCAAAAGCCGCUGCAUGCUUCUCACCGAACACCCCUUACCCAAUGCAAUGCUAUGCUAAUGCAGCUCACCUAGAGCACAGCAUUGAUGCCCCCAUCACAGUUUGUUUGUUCACUUUGCAGUCUUUUCCUUUAGCACUGCCUUACAUGGAAUGUAAAUACGAGUGUGAUAUAUAUUAAAUGAGAAUUCUGUCAAUAGAUCGUGUGUCCAAAUAUUCAAUAUUUAAAAUGUCUUUAUUAUGAAUAGCUAUUUAGUGAAUAAAUAAUGCUAUCUGGGAGAGAACAUUUUGCACUUUGUUUACACUCAAUGUAUUUGUGCACUGUGCCAGUUUGAGAUAAGCAGCUAAGCAGAGUAUUUUAUUGUUUAUUGAAAAAUGUACUAUUAUAAAGUGUGUGAUUGGUCUAUAAUACGAAAAUGUAGAUUUGUGCAUUAAUUACUUUCUGUUGUGUUUUUUCAAUAAUAAAAAAAU